GAGCACGGCAUGCAGCCGCAGCUGCGGGCGUACCGCCGCCAUGUGGAGAGACGGUCCGUGGAGAAGUUCAUGGGCGCGGCGUACAUGGCCGACCAGGCGUCCGCACGGCGAGGCGGCGCCGCCCGCGGCAAGCUGCCGCGCUGGCAGCGCCCGCUGGCGCUGACCGACGCCGGGCAGGGCGGCGCUCCGGCGGACGGCGCAGGCGCCUUCAGGGCUCGCUGGGACUCCAGCCCGGCGCCGUCCGCAGAGUCGCCGGACAUCCCCUCGCCGGAGAGGCGGCAGGACAUUGGCCCCCCUCCGACAUCCGGGACACCCCGGGCGCGCAGCCCCGGCGGAGGCCCAGCGCGCAGGCGCGGCCCCGCGUCGCGCCCCUGCCGCCCGCGCCGAC